AUGUACCUGAUCACUGUGCUUGGAAACGUGCUCAUCAUCCUGGCCGUCAGCUCAGACUCCCACCUCCACACGGACCUCCACACCCCCAUGUACUUCUUCCUCUGCAACCUGUCCUUGGUGGACAUCUGUUUUACCUCCACCACCAUCCCAAAGAUGCUGGUGAACAUCCAGACACAGAGCAAAGUCAUUACCUAUGAAGGCUGCAACACACAACUGUACUUUUUCCUAUUCUUUGGAGCAUUCAAUGACUUCCUCCUAACCUUGAUGGCCUAUGACCACUUUGUGGCCAUCUGUCACCCCUUGCACUACAUGGUCAUCAUGAACCCCCGGCUCUGUGGACUUUUAGUUUUUGUGUCCUGGAUCGUGAUUGUCUCCUUAUUUUAUAGUACAAGCCUAGGAGUGUACCUCAGCUCUGCUGCUACCCACAGUUCACAGUCAAGUGCAGUAGCCUCAGUGAUGUACACUGUGGUGACACCCAUGCUGAACCCCUUCAUCCAAAGAAUAGGAAAAAGUACAGUUGUGUGUUGCAGCCUUCAUAGGAAGCGACACCUGACGGAGAAAAUUGGACGCUCAGACAACUUUGUUAGAGAAAGGAGAAUUUAUUGGCUGUCGGAGCGCGUGGGGGUUAACAACACCAUGUACAAGCUCCCCUUGGUGGAAUGA